AUUCAUAAAGUAUAACGCGCGCGGAGCAGAGUGGAGGAUUGGGAGACACGCGACAUAGGCACACGCACAGGCACGCAGGCAGGACACGCAGGUAGGACACGCAGGUGCGCUGGUGCACGCUGGCAGGUGCAGAAGGACACGCUCAGGGUGACAGCAGGAACAGAUGAGCACAGAGGAGUAACGGGACAGGCACGCAAGCAGAGAGAGACUGGGACACAGGCACACACUCUCUCUCCUGUUCUCUCUCUGUGUCUCUCUCUCUGUCUGCUAUACUCUUCCUCCUCUUCCUGCCCCGGUCUGACGUCCAUCCGCUCUGCACUUCUCCCAAACUUUCUCCACUCUCUUUCUCCCUCUCUUUUCUCCCCUCUCUCUCCCUUUCUCCCUCUUCUCCUUCUCCCUCUGUUUUUCUCUCUCUCUCUCUGUUUCUCCCCGGUCUUGGUGGGUGCGCCGGUGGGGCGGCGAGUGAACGUUGGAUCCCUCGGCGUACUGCGACCCUCCGGUGUUCAGCCCGGACCUCUGCCCCAACAUGAUUGCCACACAGGCCAAGUUGGUCUAUCAGCUCAACAAAUACUACACUGAGCGCUGCCAGGCACGCAAGGCCGCCAUUGCCAAGACCAUCCGAGAGGUCUGCAAGGUGGUCUCUGACGUCCUAAAAGAGGUGGAGGUGCAGGAACCCAGGUUCAUCAGCUCCCUCAGCGAGAUCGAUGCAAGAUAUGAGGGAAUGGAGGUGGUGUCCCCCACCGAGUUUGAGGUGGUGCUCUAUCUCAACCAGAUGGGUGUCUUUAACUUUGUGGAUGACGGCUCACUGCCCGGCUGUGCUGUACUGAAACUGAGCGAUGGCCGAAAGCGCAGCAUGUCCCUAUGGGUUGAGUUCAUCACAGCAUCCGGAUACCUGUCCGCACGCAAGAUACGCUCACGCUUCCAAACACUGGUGGCUCAGGCUGUGGACAAGUGCAGCUACAGGGACGUAGUGAAGAUGGUGGCGGACACAAGCGAGGUCAGACUGCGCAUCCGCGAGCGCUACGUAGUGCAGAUCACACCAGCAUUCAAGUGCACGGGGAUCUGGCCUCGCAGUGCCGCCCAGUGGCCGAUGCCACACAUCCCGUGGCCUGGCCCAAACCGGGUGGCAGAGGUGAAGGCGGAGGGCUUUAACCUGCUGUCCAAGGAGUGCUACUCGCUUACUGGAAAGCAGAGUUCGGCAGAGAGCGAUGCCUGGGUGCUGCAGUUCGCAGAGGCGGAGAACCGACUGCUGCUUUCGGGCUGCAGGAAGAAGUGCCUGAGCAUCCUGAAGACGCUGCGGGACCGUCACUUGGAGUUGCCUGGCCAACCGCUCAACAACUACCACAUGAAGACGCUGCUGCUGUACGAGUGCGAGAAGCACCCACGCGAGUCCGACUGGGACGAAUCGUGUCUCGGGGACCGCCUCAAUGGCAUCCUGCUGCAGCUCAUAUCCUGCCUGCAGUGCCGCCGCUGCCCGCACUACUUCCUGCCCAACCUGGACCUGUUUCAGGGCAAGCCGCACUCUGCGCUCGAGGCCGCUGCUAAGCAGACCUGGAGGCUAGCCAGGGAGAUCCUCACCAAUGCUAAGAGCCUGGACAAGCUGUGAUACAAAGACAUAACAUAACACACAUACAUAUACAUACAUACAUACACGUACACUCAGUUGGGGGAGAUGGUCAUUAGCUAAGAUCAUCAAUGCUAAGAUGACCAAUGCUAAGGUGACCAUCACUAAAAAGUCAAUGACGACCAAUGCUUGGAUGAGGAAAACACUUCUACACUUUCUGACACUGCGGGCUGGCUUGUUAGUGCUGAAAAGGCUAAGAUGACUAUCUCUAAGAAUGCCAAGAUGAAGAGUGCUACAGGCAACUGCACACUGGACACGAACAGAAUCCAAAAAUACAAAACUAGUGUUUAAUGAAGGUGUUCUCUGUUGAUGUUUGGCAGCGCUCAGCAGUUUACGUUCGCUGGAGCACCACUCAGCAUUUUACCUUUACAACAGUCUUUAAGAUAAACAGACAGAUGUUAAUUUUCUAACACAUCAGUAAACAUUAUUGGCCUAGCAUUCUUUUAACCUUGUAACUUUUAGUUUGGAGAGUGAAUGAAGAGUUGGUUAGCUGAUACCAAAUGUGAUAAAUACACAAAAAUUUGAAGGUUUUAAUCCAUUAAAUCUAUACAAGUAAAGUAUAGCUCUGGCUGUGACACUUUGUGUUACCUUUCGGCAUAUAAAAUGCUACACCAGUGAGCAACGGCCUUGAGCGCCUGCACUAAGGUCUGAGGAGGACAGUCUUUGGACGCUGGAGAGAAUCAAUGCUAAGGAUGCUAAGAAUGCUAAGAGCUAAGAUGAUCAACACUAAGAGUUCUAAAGUGACUGUCACUAAAAACACUAAGACGACCAGUGCUAAGAGCCUGGACAAGCUCUAAGGAGGAUGGAGGCUCUGACACACGGACACUGGAGAUGGUCAAUGCUCAGAAUGCUAAGAAUGCUGAGAUGAACACCGCUAAGGAGGCUAAGAUCCUGACAGAGUUUUGUGCAGAGGAACUCGACUGACCCUAAACUGGACUUUGUGGCCACAGAGCAGAGAUGAAGGUACAGACUCUCUAAAAUAACGUCAUCAUUCUGUUUGGCUUUUACUGUUUUCACAAAGUGAAAAAAAAAACUUUUUCUUCUUCCUCUUUUCCUGUUCAUUUCUUAUUUAAGUACUUGAUGCACAAUAUCUUUAAAUGUUUAAACUGAAGAAAAAAAACCCCAGACAAAAAUAAAUGUA